AUGAAGUGCCUUUAAAGUUAAGUUACCUACCUCUUUUAAUGUGUAGUGCAUCUUAAGAUUGAUAUUCUUUUAAAUAAUGGUCUUAUUUUUUCAAACAAGCGUGGUCUCCGAAACGGCAAUAAAUUAAAAAAAAUGAUAAAAUUAUGACAAACAAGAUAAAAUAACUUGAAAAAAGCCAAAUAAAAUGCCAAAAUGAAAAAAAAGGAAAAACAAUAAAGACAAUUUUUAAAAUGACGAAAAAUUAAAAAAAAUAAUAAAAAUGAAUUAUUAAAGUGACCAUGAAAAUUAGAACAAUGACAAAAAUAACAAAACAGACAUAAAUGACCAAAAACAUGUAAAAAAAGUACAAAUAUGCACUCAUUGUGCUAUCUUAAAUUAUUAAUAGUAUCUAAGUAGGUUUUGAGAAGAGGUUUGAGGAAAAUAUAGAUUACAUUAUACAGCUGACAAGUAAAGUUGUGUUUUCUUCAUCCGGAAAUUGAGGGCAAGUUACCACAUCUGGCGACGAGGAUAAACCGGAAAAUCCGGAAACUGAACGAAGAAAAUGGAAGGAUGGAACAUAAACCCGUUUAAAUUCGGCCAUCUUCCAGAAACACUAAUCCGGAAAGAAUGGAUAAGAUGGAAGAGAAACUUCGAAGUGAUUAUUGCGGCAAGUGAGGAGAAAAAUACAACCAAACUAAAAAACAUUCUCUUGGCGAAAGGGGGUUUAGAGUUGCAAGAUUUGUUUUAUUCCAUUGAAGGAGCUGAUGUAGAGAACGAAUCGAAUGUCGACCCGUACAAAUUAGCUAUCGAAAAAUUGGAUCAAUACUUUUCCCCAAAACAGCAUGAGAGUUUCGAACGGAACGAGUUUUGCAAGUUAUCUCCUACAACUGUUCAGGAUGGUUCAGCAGAAACUUUAUCUAAAUUUCUUAUGCGUUGCUCAGAACAGGCAAAACGUUGCGAUUUUGGAAAUUCGAAUGCAGAAAGCCGGGAACUAAGAAUAAUCGAUAAAGUUAUCUACUUUGCACCGACGGAAUUAAAGGAGAAACUAUUACAACAGGAAAAGCUUACUCUACCACAGCUUACAAGAAUGGUCAACUCAUUUGAAUCCAUAAAACAGCAGGCAAAAGCAAUCACGGAAACUUCUUCUGAUCGUAUCAACAGACUUAAUAAUCCACUUAAACAAAAUCUUAAGCUAUGUUAUCGCUGUGGGUUAUCGGGUCAUUUUGCAACCGACCUUGAAUGUCCAGCUCGUAAAGAAAAAUGUGAGAAGUGUCACAAAUUGGGUCAUUAUGCGAAAGUAUGUCAAUCGAGAUUGAAUACCAAACGACGUUACGGAAGUCCAGCCGCGCAUCAUCCUGCUAAGAAAUAUAGGUAUGGAAAUGUACGCGCUAUUGUGUCGAAAGAAAAUGGUCACACUGAACCAGAUAGUUUUAUCUUCAACAUCGGUGACGGUGACGAGUUUUUAUGGACGAAAAUUGGCGGAGUUUUAGUCCAGGUUUUGAUCGACUCUGGUAGUUCAAAAAACAUAAUUGACGAUACUACCUGGGAGUAUAUGAGAAGACAAGAUGUUAAAAGUUGGAUUCCACGAUAUGUUCCCAAUACUACACUGCGAGGGUACGGACGCGAAGCCAAACCUCUAAAAAUUAUACAUGUGUUUGAAGCAAUAAUUUCAGUAGAAUCUGGUACGAAUAAUUGCAAAACAACAGCUAUGUUUUAUGUUGUGGAAGGUGGAUUACAGUCACUGCUAGGAAAGGAAACAGCGAUUCGCCUGGGAGUGUUGAAACUCGGAUUGGCCAAUUUGGAAAACUCUAUCAACGCAGUGGCACCGGAGUUAAAACGACCAUUUCCAAAAAUUAAGAACGUUCAAGUUAGGAUUCCAGUAAAUGUAAAUAUUCCUCCAGUUGUACAACGUGUACGUCGUCCUCCAAUCGCUUUACUUAGUCGGAUUGAAGAGAAAUUAGAGCAACUUCUGACAACCGAUAUAAUCGAACCUGUAUCAGGACCAUCACCUUGGGUUUCACCACUGGUAACUAUUGUAAAAGAUAACGGUGAUUUGCGCCUUUGCGUAGAUAUGCGACGAGCUAAUCAGGCCAUCUUGAGAGAGCAUCAUAUGAUGCCUACAUUCGAGGACAUCUUGCCACUUUUCAAAUCAUCUCGAUACUUUAGCCGAUUAGAUAUUAAAGAUGCUUUUCAUCAGAUUGAGUUAGAGGAAUCAUCCCGUUAUAUAACAACCUUCAUUUGUCACAAAGGAUUGUUCCGUUACAAACGUUUGAUGUUUGGAAUUUCUUGCGCUCCUGAAAUGUUUCAAAAGAUUUUAGAACAUAUUUUGGUUGAUUGCAACAAUGUUGUCAAUUACUUGGACGACAUAAUUGUCUCGGGAGAUAGUGAGGAAGAACAUGAUUUGGCAUUGAAAAAAGUUCUUAAGGUUUUGGAAACCAGGAACAUUCUGUUGAAUAAGGACAAAUUUCAAGAAUCAGUAGCAGUUGAUGUUACAGAAAUUGAGACUGCUUCUAAAAGGGAUCCUGAACUGAAAGCACUCAAAGAUUCACUUAUAAGUGGAAACUGGAAUAAUCCAUUGGUAAAAUUGUACGAGCCUUUUCGAAAUGAGUUGGGCUUGAUUGAUGAUACGAUUGUGAGAGGAAAUAAAUUAGUUGUACCCCAAGAAUUACGUUCACGUAUGCUUCAAUUAGCUCAUGAAGGUCAUCCGGGAGAAUCGAUCAUGAAAAGACGAUUACGGGAUCGAGCUUGGUGGCCGUCUAUGGACCGUGAAGCUAAAGAGCAUGUUUCAAAAUGUGAAGGUUGCCAACUUAUUGGAUUACCAAGCAAACCAAUACCGAUGAGUAGACGGGAGCUACCCACAAAACCGUGGGUUGAUGUUGCAAUUGACUUUUUGGGGCCACUUCCAUCAGGAGAGUAUUUGCUUGUUAUUGUGGAUUACUUCAGCAGAUACAAAGAAGUUGAAAUCAUGGCAAGAAUCAGUGCUCGGGACACUGUUGAAAGACUCACAAAAAUAUUUACUAGAUUGGGUUAUCCUCGAACUAUUACACUUGACAACGCCAAACAGUUUGUUGGCAAAGAAUUCGGACCUAGAGCGACAGUGGAAGAUCCAGAGACAGGCCGAACAAUUGAGAGAAAUAUCGCACACUUCAAAAAAAUAAGACAAGAUUCGCAACCAGAUGCGUCUUUGGACGAGAGAAAUUCUAGAGAAGAUUCAACUAACAGUUCUGAUAUUCCUGUAUUCCAACAACCUGCAAAUUCAACAGAUCCCAAUAACUCAUCAAUUGAAGCCGAAGACAUUUUCCGUGGUUUUGAAGACGAACAAGUAACUAAUAAUCAACGAACUAGAAGAUUACCUCAAAGAUUUAAUGAUUUCGUUUUGUAA